UGUAAAUCUAAACUCGAAAAAUUUUUUGUUCCAAUUUGUGAUUCGAAAUUUUACCUUCGUACUAUAGUAGCGCGAAAUUAUUCAACAAAAGCUCGUGAAAGUGACUGCGAGAAACGCAUGCCUAUGCUUCUUAUUCAUGGCUUUGCUUCCGGAGUUGGAUUAUUUUGUAAAAAUCUGGACAGUCUUUCUGAAACGCGUCGAGUAUAUGCAUUCGAUCUUCUCGGCUUUGGGCGUAGCUCACGGCCACCCUUGCCUGAAACUGCUGAAGAAAUUGAAAUGAAAUAUGUGGAAGUUAUCGAGGAGUGGCGAAAAAAUAUGGAUUUAGACAAGUUUAUUCUGCUUGGUCAUAGCAUGGGUGGUUUUCUUGCGACGUCAUAUGCUCUUUCCUACCCUGAAAGGGUUGUUCACUUAGUUCUAGCUGAUCCUUGGGGAUUCGUUGGGCAAGAUGAAGCUGCUAAUAACUCCAAAAAUGGAGUUCGUGAUUGGUUCGUAAAGAAAUUGACCUCAUUUCGUGGUCUAUCAUUUAUGCGAAUGUUGGGUCCUUUCGGGCUGAAUGCAUUACGAAAGAUGAGGCAGGAUUUUGAACCAAUAUACUCCCAAUCUGCUCCUUCGUCAAAAAAAACGAAUGGUUUAGUCAGAGAGUCUCCAGACAUUUCAAUGUUAAACUCCAAGUCUUCGGAAGGAAAGCACUUCAAAUCGGAGAAGGCAAAAGUUGGUGAUAUUGAAGGUCUUUCUCCGUAUGAUCCUGCUGUGGUCUAUAACUAUAUAUAUCACAUUAACUGUCGUCACCCUACUGGCGAAGAAGCUUUUAGAAAUUUGUGCCAAAUGCCAGGCUGGGCCGCCAGACCAAUGCUUCUUCGAAUACCGCAGGUAGCCGCAGAUUUGCCUAUCACUUUCAUCUUCGGUGGUCGUUCGUGGAUUGACAUGUCUUCCGGUUUGCAAGCUAGAACCCUUAGACCGAAUUCCUACGUCGACGUUAUGGUAAUUGAAGGAGGUGGCCACCACGCCUAUGCUCAAUACGCGGAUGAUUUCAAUGCCUACGUGAAUGCCAUCGCUAGUCUGGUAGACGAAGACCAUGUCUUCGUUCCUGGAAGCGAAGCUCUUGUUCAAGAGGCCGUUGCAACUGCAAAGCGUUCUACAGAUUAUCCUUCAUCUUCUUCUGAAUAA